ACUCUUGUGUUGGUAUGUUGGCUGGGUAUGGAUUGAUAGCAUUUAGAGACUCAAAUGGAAUCAAACCUUUGCUAAUUGGCGAAAGAACCAGCGUGAAUAAUGGCAAUUUUAAAGAUUAUAUGAUAGCAUCUGAAUCUGUUGUUUUGAAAGCUCAUGGCUUUAAAGUAUUUCGAGAUAUUUUGCCAGGUGAGGCUGUGAUAAUACCGAAAAGUUGUUCCAAACCAAUUUUCAAACAAAUUCAAAAUUUUACCCACCAUGCUCCCGAUAUAUUUGAAUAUGUGUAUUUUGCUAGACCCGAUUCAAUUUUGGAUGGAAUUAGUGUUUACCAUACAAGAUUAAAUAUGGGUAAAAAAUUGGCUCAAACUUUGUUAGAGCAGUUUGAUAACGAUUUAUCAAAAAUUGAUGUUGUGAUACCAGUUCCGGACACAGCAAGAGACGCUACACUAUCUUGUGCUGAAAUUUUGGGUUUACCAUACAGAGAAGGAUUUAUCAAAAAUAGAUAUGUUGGAAGAACAUUUAUUAUGCCAAAUCAAGCCGAGAGAGUUUCUUCUGUGCGUCGUAAACUAAAUGUGAUGGAAAGCGAAUUUAAGAAUAAGAAUGUCUUAUUAAUUGAUGAUUCGAUUGUCAGAGGUACAACAUCUAAGGAAAUUGUGCAGAUGGCAAGAGAAGCUGGUGCUAAGAAAGUGUAUUUGGCCUCAUGUUCAUCUCCAAUUCGGUUCAAUCACAUAUAUGGAAUUGAUUUAGCUAAUAAGAAAGAUCUACUUGCAUCAAAUCGAUCUAUUGAGGAAAUAACUGCAAAAAUAGGAGCAGAUAAAGUUAUCUAUCAAAAAUUAAAUGAUUUGAUUGACUCCUGCUCGUCAAGCACAAUAACUGAUUUUGAAGUGGGUGUAUUCAAUGGAAAUUAUAUCACUGGUUGCGAAAAUCUGUAUUUGAGUCAUUUGGAGCUAUUUCGAUCUCAGCCAUUGAUCACCAAGGCCAAUGGUUUUCACAACAGCUGUGCAAUUGAUCUUUCUCAUUCAAUCAGAUCACAAGUUGAUGUUAAUCUAUACAAUCUCUGUGAUCAAUGAGAGUAUCUACUAUUAUAUACAGGUUAAUUGGAAAGCUUUAAAAAUAUUGACAUCUACAAUUGAUGACAACAGUUUUCAAGAAUACAUUAGAGACCAAUGUUUUGUAGUUAAAUAAUUCUGUUACAAUUACUAACUGUUUGAUAAUCAUCAAUUAUCUGAUGAUGAUCAAUAAAAUUUUUAUACUUUUAUUAGUGUUGAAAAACCAAAAAACAAAUGGACCAACUACUGAAAUUUGUGUAUCUGUGAAUUUACUUGACACUGCAAUUGAGAUACAAAGGUAUUCGAUAUAUAUUUC